CCCGGAUGUUGAUCUCCGAGAAAGUAUGCUCGAUCGGUCGUAGAAUCAGCAGUGUCUUUGUUACGUUGAUCAAGUAUUUCCAUCAGUCCUGAUCCACAAGAGUCUCUGGACGUCUGGAUAAACCUAUGACGGAAUUUCAGCUUCUCACCUUUUUAUUCUGGAUUUUGUUUCCUCUCAAUCAUCUCCCGGUAGCAUGCUAAGCUAUUGGAGUUAUCUUAGCAUGCUAGCUGGAAACAGACCGAAGUUAGCAACACAGCGCUAGUCCGAGUAUAACGGAGUUUAUCUGGAGGAAGCGUGUCUGUGAUUUAGUGAAGAUGUUUAAAGUCCAAAUGCUGAGAUGUUUAUUGAAGCAGCGACUCACUGGUUCUGCUGAAGAGAUAUUUGGCCUGUUUGAAAGAACGAUAGCAGAGUACGAGGAGGAAACUUCUAGAUUAAAAGAGGACAACGAGCGACUAAAGAAACGUCUGCACGCUGUUUUCAACCCGGAGGUCCGCAUACAAAGAGCAGACCUCCAGCAGUUGUUUGUGCUUAAAGAAGAACAGAAGGAGGAUCCAGAGCACCCCCACAUUAAAGAGGAGCAGCUGGAAGAGGCUGACAUGAAGGUCUCAUUCACUCCUGUGAAAAGUGAAGAUGAUAAAGUGGAAGCUCAAUUCUCGCAGCUUAAUCAGAGACAAACUGAACAGAUGGCGAAAGAAGGUGAUGGGGAGAACUGUGGAGGCCCAGGUCCAGCUAGUCCUCCAGAAACAGAUACUGAUGAGAAGACUGGAGAGUCUUCUGAGACUGAGGACAGUGAUGACUGGAAUGAGACCAAAAAAACUCAGUCAGGUUUAAACUCUCAUAAUAAUGGUGACAAUUUUGUCAGUGAUUCAAGAUGUAGAACAAGUGAGAAACCUUUGCUCUCUUCUGAAUGUAACAAAACAUUUGGUUGCAUUAAAAAGCGUAGAAGGCACAUGAUGACCCACACAUCAGAGAAACCUUUCAGCUGCUCACAGUGUGGAAAAUGUUUCAAUGUGAGUGGAAGUCUGAAGAAACACUUGAAAUGUCACACCAGGGAGAAACUUUUCAGCUGCUCACAGUGUGGUAAAUGUUUCACUCAAAGUAGAGGUCUAAAGACUCACAUGAAAUAUCACACAGGGGAGAAACCUUUCAGCUGCUUGGAUUGUGGUAAAUGUUUCUCUCAAAGUGGAGGUCUGAAGAUACAUAUGAGGCGUCACACAGGAGAGAAACCUUUCAGCUGCUUAGAGUGUGGUAAAUGUUUCAUUGUAAAUGAUCAUCUGAAGAGACACAUGAUAUGUCACACAAGGGAGAAAGCUUUGAGCUGCUCCCGUUGUGGUAAAUGUUUCACUCAAAGUAGAGCUCUAAAGACUCACAUGAGAUGUCACACAGGGGAGAAACCUUUCAGCUGCUCACAGUGUGGUAAAUGUUUCACUAAAAGUGGAAGUCUGAAGACACACAUGAGAUGUCACACAGGGGAGAAACCUUUCAGCUGCUCACAGUGUGGUAAAUGUUUCACUAAAAGUGGUCAUUUGAAUAGACACAUGCGAUGUCACACAGGGGAGAAACCGUUCAGCUGCUCAGAGUGUGGUAAAUGUUUCGCUGAACGUGGAAGUCUGAAGACACACAUGCGGUAUCAUACAGGGGAGAAACCUUUCAGCUGCUCGGAGUGUGAUAAAUCUUUCACUAAAAGUGGAAAUCUGAAGACUCACAUGAGAUAUCACACAGGGGAGAAACCUUUCAGCUGCUCGGAGUGUGCUAAAUCUUUCACUACAAGUGUAGAUCUGAAGACUCACAUGAGAUGUCACACAGGGGAGAAACCUUUCAGCUGCUCGGAGUGUGGUAAAUCUUUCGCUAAAGGUGGAAAUCUGAAGAAACACAUGAUAUGUCACACAGGGGAGAAACCUUUCAGCUGCUCAGAGUGUGGCAAAUGUUUCUCUAGAAGUGGACACCUGAAGAGACACAAUAACUGUCACAUAGGGAAGAAACCUACAACUUUCACACAAGGUGGAAUUCUAAAAGUCCACAUGAAAACACAAACGGAUGAGAAUCCCCUUUAGCCUUUUUACCAUAUCAAAUUAUUAUUAUAUUAUUCUGAGAACAAAACUCAAAGGUCACUCACAUAAACUACGUUAAGCUGGUUAUUCAUUGGAAGGGUGUAAUCUAAGGCACGUUGCCCGCUGUUGAUAUUGUAACAUUACCCAACCUUAAAUCGCCCUGUUCACUGUUGAAAUACAAGUGUGACUGAUUUGUAUGUUUCAUUUGCCAUUUGUGUUACUGCAGGCAAUUUUAUAUUAUCAACGGAUUACAGCAUACAUUUUUGUGAACCAAAUUCUGUUGUUUUGCGUUUUAAUGUUCAGAACUUCAUGCUUCUACUUCUCACGCUCAUUAAUAUUUUUUUAACGUUUUUUAGAAAACAUUUUUUAGGACUUUUAUUAGUUAUAUGUCUGUCAAUUUGCAUAUUGAGCUACGCAUCAAAAAAUGUAUCUGUGUAUUAAGGAACAAAAUAAGAAUAAAAUCACAUGGCAUUUUACAGAGCGAGCAGAGGCGCUGAAAAAGUUAUGAAAGCAAUGAAUGGAUUUUAUUUAGUCGAGUUGUCUUUUUCCACUUCCCACACAUGUUACAUAUGGAAAAGACUAAAUUAAGGUGGUAAUGGAUUAUAUACCACAAAAAUGUAUUAACGAAAAUAUUUGUAUUAAUGUUGUAAGUUACUCCACCAAGGUGCAGGAGAACCCAAGUAACAAAGGUAGAAAUGGUUAAGAUGACACUGUUCUAAUUUACAGACACAUGAUUCCUACCCUGUAAAGUGAAUGUUGGUUGGUGGUCUUGGGGAAUGAAUAUUUGGAUUUAUAACAA